AUGAUAGAACCCUCUGAAGACUCAUUUGAGACGAUGAUGGAGCGUAAGAAUCCAUCAUCAAAACAAAUGGAGUCCUCCGAGGGCUCAUCAAACACCACCGUGGAGACAUCUGGCAGCCAAGCGCAGUUAAUGAAGGAGCCAACUAGUGGUUCAGCUCAGGAAAGAAAGGAGCCACCCCGUAGCUCCGCCCAGGAAGUAGAAGAGCUGCCCACUGAUCUACUCCAAGACAUGGAGGAGCCAUCCAGUGGCCCACAUCAGGAAAUAGAGGAUCCACCCAAUGACCUACUCCAAGACAUGGAGGAGUCAUGCAAUGGUUCACGCCAGGCCAUGGGGGGUCCACGUCACGAAGCCGCUGGUCGGAUGGGAGAACCGUCAGUCAAACCAUGUGGAGACGAUGACGAGGAAGACAGCGACACUGACCUGUCUGAAUGGAGCGAUGAGGAGCAGGAGGAGGAAGAAGAAGGUCAGAGAUGGUCUGAGGAAGAGUUGCGGGCGGCAGUGCGUUCCAUCACCUCUCUGUACUACCAGAUGCAAGACCUCAGAGAACAUCAAAGGGUGGCAGAAAAGAUCUUGUUGAAUGGGCUUCAUGAUGGUCAGCUGCCCCUCCCGCUACCCUUCACUGGUGAUCGCAGAGAAUACCGCGAGUUCAUUGUGCUCUGCCAGCUGAUCCUACAGAACUACCCAAGACUCUUCUACAAUGACCGACUGCGCAUUGGGUACGUCAUCACUCACCUCUCCGGCUUGGCCUUGGAGUGGGCCAAGGGUCUCCUGCAGAAUGAAAGUCCUAUGAUCAACAAUUUCCCAGGCUUCCUGGCGGCCAUGUCGAAUGUGUUUGAGUACCGGCAGGCGCUGAAAAUGGCUGAAGAGGCUAUGUUCAGCAUCAAGCAGAAGAAUCGUCCUGCCGCAGCCUACAUCGCUGAGUUCCAGAGUCUGGUGCCCAUCCUGGGCUGGCCAGAUGAAGUCCUUCAGGCCCACCUGUGCCAAGGGCUCAAUGAAGACAUCAGGCACUAUCUGUUCCGAGUUCCGCAGCCGGAAUCUCUGGAGAGUCUGAUUGUGCUCGUCCUGCAAAUAGAAGAGAAGCUAGCAGAGAGAAGAGCUCUGCUCAGGCUGCCCCCAGAGGCCCGCCCACGCAACCUGACCUGGAUCGACUCACCUUCUCCAGAGAAGUGGAUGGUGAACAGCUGGUUGCCCAAUGAGGUCCAUCCGGCCAUCGAGAGGGCCCAUAUCUUCCUCCUGCUCAUGGUGAGAGUGAGUCCUUACCACAGUGUUGCAGUCCAGGCCCUGGUCGACUCGGGAGCAGGCUCCAACUUCAUGGAUGAGCGGUUUGCCCAAGAGCACUAUGUCGAGCUCUACGAGAAAACGUACCCCCAGCAAGUCCAAACUGCGGACGGCUCACUGGUUGGCGAUGAGCCCGUCUGGCUCUACACCGAACCCCUGGUGUGCAUUCACCAGAACCACCACGAGUAUAUCGAAUUUGACAUCAUUCCUUCGCCCAUCUUCUCUGUGAUCUUAGGCGUCAACUGGCUCCGAACACACAGCCCGGAUGUGGACUGGAUCAAAGGCCGCUGCACCUUCCACUCUCCCUACUGCCUGCAGAACUGCUUCCGCCCGCCCCCGCCAUGCAUCGCGCUGGAAAGACAAGGCCUGAGCCUGCUCCCCGGACUGCCGCCCCCAUACUCCGACCUGGCCGACGUGUUUAACCCGAAAGAAGCAGAUGAUGAGACUUCCGACCAGCCAAGCUCAGACGGAUCCGAUGAUCUUUCUGAAUCAGAGCCCUCUGAGCUUCAGCAGGCUGGAGACAGUGAUCACGAUGAGAUCUUUUACGAAUGUCCCUCCACGGCGUCGUGGGAACCUGCGAGUACUGGGAUGCAAGACAGAGCCAGGCUGCACGAUGAAUACUGGGACCCACAAGACAUGCUGACCAACAGACAAGACUACAUACAGAUGAUUCCAGAACUGUUUGACCAGUUACAUGGAGCUACAUGGUUCACAAAACUGGAGCUGCGGGGGACCAUUGUGGAGGAAAGCAUGAGAAUACACCAAGCAGAAGAUGUAUGGAGAGCAGCAUUUGGGUUGGAGUAUCAAGAGAUGGACAGCUACCAGCCUUUUGAGAUCUCCUCAGACCCUGUUGUACCCCAGAGUGUCAUUCACUGCAUCCUCAAGGGCAUGCUAGGUUACUUUGUGAUCACCUAUGGGCAGGACGUCGUGAUCUACUCAAUGAGCCAAGAGGAACAUCCUCACCAUGUCCGCCAAGUCUUGGUCCGCUUCCGGCGGCACAACAUCUACUGCUCCCUGGAAAAGAGCCAGUUCCACCGAAAUACCAUCGAAUUCCUAGGAUUUGUCAUCACUCCCAAAGGAGUGAAGCUCAACAAGAGUCUUGUCACCACCGUGACAGGGUACCCCAUCCCUGGCUCCAAAAAGUCCCUGCGACACCUGAUCGAAUUCAUCUUCCCCUACCGACACUUUGUGGAGCGCUUCAUCAUCAUCAUUGAGCCCCUCCUGCGACAGCUGCUCUACCACCGGGGCUUCUACUGGGGUGAUGAGGAGCAAGAAGCCUUCGAGUGUCUGAAGAGGGCUUUCCGGAAGGCGCCCCUUCUGCACCAUCCCAAACCCCAGAACCCCUUCUUCUUGGAGACCGGCGUUACCAAGACGUCCCUGCACGCCGCCCUGAUCCAAGUGGAUGAACAGACCGGCAAGAAGGUCUACUGUGCUUUCUACUCGCGCAACAUUUCCCCUAUCGAAGACGACUACUCUCAGCUGGAGAUGAGGAUCCUCCCCAUACGGGCUGCCUUCACGGUGUGGUGUCGCUACCUGGAGAACACCGAGGAGCCCAUCAUGAUCCUUCUCAACACAGAGGAUCUAGCCUCUCUGAAUAAUGACAGGCUCACCGUACUUCUCCCCGGGCAUUGGGUCUUCUUCUUUUCUCACUUCAACUUUGACGUCAUGGAAUGGCCAACCCAAGAUGGCCACCGGGUGCGGCUGCCCCACAGGGGCCACCGCCCCGGUGCCUUCCACCCCGAAACCUUCUCUCAGCACCUGUUGCUAUUCAGGAGAGACUCUCAGGGUGACCUGGCAUCGGCAUUCAGUCAAGAAGGGGAGAACGGUGACGCCCAGCACCCAGGUGAGCAGGAUUCCCAGCAGACACGAGUGGCUCUGCUGCCAAUAGACCAAAUAGUCAACACCUUCCUCCUCCAGUUUGGUGCUGUCCAGGUGAGGGCGGUCGUUCUGCACUUCUUACGGAGCCUUCUGCUCUGGAAGAGCAACCUAGCCCUAGCCACCAUUCUCCUGAUGCUGAAGUUGAGGCCACGCCUCCUGCAGAUGACCGCGCCAAACCCACUAGUGGCUCAGCCCGGACCCGGGCGCCCACUGUGCCUCAUCCUGGACUCGUCCCUGAUCACCAACCGUGGCAUGGCCAACGCCAUCGCCGAGCUCCUCAUCCGGACGCCACCUCUUGUGGUCGCCAACACUCUCCCAGUCAGAGAGCGGCCUCAACUCUUUCUGGGCCCUGGCCACUGGCAGCGCAACGCCCUGCUCCCCCAGGCCCACCAAGGCCUGCAGCUGACCCCCAACUUCUGGCUGCUGCUGUGUGAGUUCUUCGGUGUCAGCGUCACCCCCGGAGAUGAAAGGCACCCGGCUCCACGUGAGCAACGCUCCCUGGAAUUGCACAUCGUUGAUGAUGAGAAUGUCAUCUUGCGAGAAGCCCAGCAGGGCGACCUGCAACGUUACCGUCAAGGUGGCCUGCAUGACGGCCUGCAAGACAGCCCGCAGGACGAUCAGGAGAACGCUGUGCAAGAGGCCCAGCCGAGGGACGCCGUCAUGGCCACUGCCGCCACUGUGGCCCUCCCCACGCCACGACACAGUCAGGCCCACCCCGCUGUCCUCGCUUUUCUGCGCGACACACGAGCCACCGAACGGCGGCCAGCCCUGCUCACCCGGGGACUAGUGGCCAGGCUCCUGAUUCGCUUUCUGAGAAUGGCGCGAGCCCAGGCUGCCCCCAGCACUGUGCGGGCCAGCCCACCGAGGGAUGGGGACAACCUAGAAGAACCACCCAACAGCCAUGAGGACAGAGACCAGGUCUGA